AUGCAGGCACUAGCUCGACCGUCCAGAGAGAACCCGAGUCCAACGCCUUUGCCUCUCAAUUCGAUGAACGACGAUGCUAACUGUGACGGGUUGAACCAUGAAGAGGUGGAGCGAGCCAUCGAUAACCUGUCCAAGAGCGGGAAGACCUUUGGAGGUCUGCCUCGUCGGGACUCGAUGCCGAUGAUGAUGGGUCGACCUUAUGAUUUCACCGAUCCCCGUGCUAUGGGCCCAAUGGCAGCGUCCCGUCACCAUUCAAUUGGCGACUACGAUGCCAUGCGUCCGCACUCGGCCUCGAACCUGCAGGGCUUCUACGCCGCUCAACGCUUCCAGGGCCGUCCGAACGAGACCGAACAGAUGAUCCAGGCAAAGCGUCGACUGGCUGCCCAGCGCGAGAGAGAGCUACGCAACUACCACCAAGAACAGCAAUACAAUCGAAGCCUUCUCGCCGACAUCUCAGGGGACAAAUCCGACCGAUCCAUGAGCCCAGCGGCCAUGACCGAAGAGAGCCGCCGUGACCUGAUUGCUCGCCAGCACCGUGCUCUGUACGGCAACGACUCCGCCCUCCAGACCCCCAGUGCCGGUCCGGGCGACGACUCCCACUCGCAGGCCGCCGGCACCCCGACGACAGGCCUCCCCAGCGGCGGCCGCGGAGCCUCACCCCGAGGCGUCGACCCCUUUCUCGGCGGCCAGCCCCAUGCCGACAGCCAGACCCAGCAAGCCACAUCGGGAGCCAACGUGCCGUGCUCGGUAGCUCCUCGCACGCGCUCGCCUCCCUCAACGGCCUCUCCGCCCUCCAACACCAACCCGGGCUCGGCGGCGACGACGACGACGUACGGUGGUGUCUUUGAACCCAGCCAGCCACCCACCUCUUCCCCCACUGGCAAGGGAACGACUGACUCCUCCCCAUCCCGCGUAGGUCCCAUUGGCUCUCGUCCUGCCCAACCGCAGCAGCAGCAGCAGCAGUCUCAGCAGCAGCAUCAACCUCAGCAGCAACAACAACAGCAGCAACCACCAACUAACCAGAGCCCCAACCCAUCUCUCAGCUUGCGUUCCACCACUCCUCUCCCUUCGCCGCUUAGCUACGGCUUCUCGCCCAACGAAGACGGCGGAAUCGGCAGUAGCACCGCUGCCGCCGCCACCAGUGCUACCGGCGGCGCCAACAACGGCAGCAACGGCAACAACGGCAGCGGGAACGGCACCGGCACGGACGCGGGAGCCGGCAGUGCAACCCAAUCGAGCUCCGCGGCAGCAACCAGCAGAUCUGCAUCGGGGAACAACAGCACCAGCCAGUCGAUGAAGGAAUCCUCCCCCACCGUCGGACUGGGCUGGGGAUGGCGAGGCAAGAACCAGCUCGGCGUCCAGGCUUCUGUCUGGGGAUGA